AUGGUGCCCUGGGGAGCGGUGCUGUGGCGGCGGCUGCUGAGGAAGCGCUGGGUCCUCGGCGUCGUCUUCGGGCUCUCCCUCGUCUACUUCCUCAGCAGCACCUUGAAGCAGGAAGAGAGGACAGUGAGAGAUCGGAGUCUCCUCCAAGUGCAAGAGCACGAGCAGCCGAUCCUGUGGAAGGUGAAGUUCAGUUCGGGAAACAGCAGUCAGCUGAGUAACCAGUGCAGGAAUUCUGUGCAGGGGAAGCUCCUCAUUACAGAUGAACUGGGCUACAUCUGUGAGAGGAAGGACCUACUGGUAAAUGGCUGUUGUAAUGUCAACGUGCCCAGUACCAGGCUGUACAGCUGUGACGGCUGCCUUCCCAAUGGCUGCUGCAGCGUGUACGAGUACUGCGUUUCUUGUUGCCUGCAGCCCAGCAAGCAACAUCUUCUGGAACGUUUCUUGAACCGGGCAGCUAUUGCUUUCCAAAACCUCUUCAUGGCAGUGGAAGAUCGCUUUGAGUUGUGUCUGGCAAAAUGUAGGACUUCAUCACAGAGCGUGCAGCAUGAAAACACCUAUAGAGAUCCAAUUGCAAAAUAUUGCUAUGGCGAAUAUCCCCCGGAGCUUCUGCCUGUUUGAAAGCUGCGUGAUCUAAGCAACAAAAGGGAAGGAACUGGAGACUAGAAUCCAAAAGAGCCAGAACAGCUCUUGCUUUACAAGAGCCUCAGUGUAAAUGGCUUAGGUUGUUUCUGGGGACAAUCCCAGAGGUGUACAAUGUAAGCGAGGGACUUAAGUUCUCCGUGAUUGAAUCUUGCUUUCUUCAGAUUGUUAUGCACCUGCUUUAGAGUACUAGUACUGGACUAGAGUACUAGUACAUUCUUUGAAUACUUCCUCUAAAUUUUAGGAUGCACGGAGUCGAUCUAGGCUAUAAAACAUCAUAGGAAAAAUAUCUAAUGUAGCGUUGCAGCUGUACAUGGAGGUUCAGUUGUGUGUCUGCAGUCCAGAGACUUUCCAGAGUGACAGUAAUAAUUGGAGGAUUUUUGCUUUUUGGAGAGUAAAGCAUGCCUGUUGCGCGUCUCUCUCUGGAGCACUUCCCGACAUGCAUGAUGUACACUACAUAUGUAAUUAUGAAUUAUUUAUUCAUUUUAUAUAGAUUACUAGCUGAAAGAAUUGAUGCUUUGCAUAAGCUACUUGUUGAUGCCUUUCAGUCCCCGUUUUGUUAUGUCAAAUAGAAAGGAUAUUUUACAUCCUGACUAAAAUUGGUUGGGUUUUUCUUCCUCAGCCUAAAGGAAUUGUAUUGGGAUUCAUUGCUGUAGUGCUUAUGUUCCUCUUAGUGAGUUUAAAGCAUUCAGAACUCCAAUGGAGUUGUUAUUCUGUCAAAGUCCCAUAGCACGAGAGAAGAGCAGGGAUGUGCCUAGGAUGGGAUGUUUAUUGUCUGUAAACGCUUUCCUUGUUACUCUGCAACAGUUUCCUCAAAGAGGAGUCUUAGUCUUGUGAACAGCUCUUUCCUAGUCCACUUUCUGACAGCGAGCACUGGAGAUUUGUUUGCUUGAACUUGUUCAGGCCUUGGUAAUUCAAAUGUACUUCACUCCUGGUUGUGCAGGAGGCAAAAGGGUGGAGUUGUUCUAGGAUUUCAGUUUAAUCAUGUCCUUGUGCAUGAAGUAAUUAGAGUGUCAGAACAUGGCGCAAGCCCUCCUCUGAGGACAACUGUGUUGCAUGAGUUCAGUUAAACUGUCAUGAUGUUUUUGAUUUGCUGUUUAACAUACUUGCUACUCUGGAAUUUCGGUCUGAUCAGAAUGGCACUAGAAUAGGGUUGGCUUUCCCACAAUUUCUCCUACCUCUUUAAAGUUGCAGUCUCCCUUUUAAGGCCACACAACACAGAAAAGAUGGGUAGAGAACCUGUAAAAUGCUGACUGAAUUGAACUCCCUCCUGUGAGUCACUGGGCUAAGUCCAACUGCUAGAUAAAAUUAGGCUGUUCUUUUCUAUAUGCAGAGCCUCAUUUCUCUUGUUUUUACCCCAUCCAUCUCCUCCAUGAUUUUGACUUUGUGUAUGCUUGUUUAAACUGAUACUUCCUAUUCCCUGACCGAAAUAAAACAAUCUACAGAGGCUUUAAAAAAAUCCCUGAAAACAAGCACAGUGGUGGAGUAUCCUGGUGCAAAAGAUCUGUAGAGUGCUAUUGCAAUAGCAUAUGAUAUAAACAAGAAGUAGUGUUACCAGCCAUGGGAUAAAAUCCACUUGCUUUGUUUUCAUUGUUCUUUCCCAGAAGUCAUCAAGUGAGAUAAUGGUUCUGUCAGCAGAUUCUCUUGAAAACUUUGUUUUUCCAAAAGCUUAAAAGCUUUAGCAUUAGCAGUUUAUCCAGCUGAAAAUCUAUCUCCACUUUGCUGCCAUCCUAUGGCAACUCGCUGCAGCAGACAUGAUGCAGUGUGAAAUGCUGUCUUCAGAGGGUAGCAGAGGUUACUUCUCUUAUCAGUGUUAAACAGAUGCUUCACCCCUGUUCCAGCACUUCAUAACUGUUUUCCUCAGGGAAGGCCAUCAGGUUGGUCUAUUAUAUCAUUCCUGCUGAGCUGUAUUCCAGCACUUCGUGUUUUUGCACCAUGACUGAGGAGAUCAAGAUACGGAUGGCUUGCUCUUGCUUUCUUUUCCAACUUGGUAUUAAUUCCUUAGCAGGUGAUACCACCACUUAAAGCAGUAAUUGUAAGAAGUCUUAAGAACCAACCUCAUUCGGACAACAUUAGUGGGAAUUCCUGGCCCCUUUCUCUCCUAGAAAAACAGAUGUGAUAAGAAGUGCAUUGUGACCAUUGCCCAUUCAAUGGGACAGAAACUGCAUCUUCCCUCCCUGGUUGUUGAGCUGUUCAACUAGUGUCUAUACUAUAUGUUAAAUCAUUAAAAUUUUAUGUCUUCCAAAA